AAAACGGUGUUUAAGAGAUGGAAGAUUACUAAAUCAGUACUUUUUGAGAAUUACAAAGAGCUCUACGUUUUUUAUCCUGAGUAUAGAGGAUACUGAGGUGGAGAGAAAGAAGUUUCAAGAAAAACUCCUCGCCGUAAUGAUGACGCGACACGUUCAGCUUAAAUACUUUACCUGUAUGAAAUCAUUGUAUUAUAUAAAGUCAAAACCAUUUUUUGAUGCAAAAACUGCGCUGAAAACUCACCCUCGAGAAUAUGAAAAAAAAUUUCUUUAUUUUUACCUUUCUUCAAUCUGUGAAAAUAUCUGUGAUGUCUUAGGACGUGCUUUUUACAGCAAAGACAGGCCAUUGGAUUUCACAUUUCAUUGGGACGACCUUUACGGUUCUCCUAGUUUUGUCAGCGAGAGGCUCAAUACACUCUCGGGAAGCAGCUCAAAUACCCUACAUCGGUUUGGCCCUGAGUGGCCACUGGAGUUUCUUGUUAAACGUUUUCACGGUGUCUUUAGCCAAUAUGAUUAUCUGCGGACUCUUCAAUUGGAGAAGAGUCCACUGAACGGUACCCAUCUACCACUUUCAUGAAGAAAGAAAAGCUAUAAGCCGG